AUGGCGGAUAGACAAACACCUUUUUCCAUCAGUCUCUUCGGUAGCCAAGCCGGCGAUGGCCCUCAAGAUGCAGCUGCGCCUUCGCGCGUACAGCAGGCGCUCGUCGACUUUAUCAUGGACUUUACUCUUGACAACAUCUUUGUCUACCGAGAUCAAAUACGCGAGAACGUGCUCCUGAAGCAGUACUACUGCGAUAUCGACGUCGCGCAUCUCAUCAGCUACAGUCCAGAGCUUGCACACGAUCUCAGACAGAACCCAGCAGAAAUCAUACCCCUCUUCGAGUCCGCAUUAAAGUCGUGCACACAGCGCAUUGUUUACCCCUCACAAAAGAACAUUCAGCUCCCUGAGCACCAGCUGCUCCUCCACUCGAACGCUUCCGAACUUUCAAUUCGCGACCUGACCGCCACCAACGUUUCCCAGCUCGUUCGCAUACCUGGCAUCAUCAUCGGUGCCUCGACGCUCUCGUCCAAAUCAACAGCGCUCGCCAUACGAUGCAGGAAUUGCCAGCACGAAGAAAUCCUUCCUGUAUCAGGUGGCUUCUCAGGUGUAUCUCUCCCAAGAACAUGCGGCAGGAAGCGAGGCGAAGGGGAAAGCGGAGAACAGUGUCCGCUGGACCCUUACUAUGUCAUGCACGAGCGCUGUCAGUUCAUCGACCAACAAGUGCUCAAGCUGCAGGAGGCGCCCGAUCAGGUUCCAGUCGGUGAACUACCACGACAUAUCAUGAUAUCUGCAGACCGCUAUCUGGCGAAUCGUGUUGUCCCAGGUACACGGUGCUCGGUCAUGGGUGUCUUUUCUAUUUAUCAGCAAAAGGGUUCUAAACGUGCUGGCAAUGCCGCAGUAGCCAUUCGUAACCCAUACAUCAGGGCAGUUGGCAUUCAUGCAGAAGUCGACCACGGCAGCAAAGGCAACGCUGUCUUCACCGAAGAAGAGGAGCAAGAAUUCUUGGAGAUGAGCAGGAGACCCGAUAUCUAUGAGGUCUUUGCACGUUGCAUCGCGCCCUCCAUCUACGGAAACCAGGACAUCAAGAAGGCUAUCGCUUGUCUGCUCAUGGGUGGUGCGAAGAAAAUUCUGCCGGACGGAAUGAAGCUCCGUGGAGACAUUAACGUGCUCCUCCUUGGUGAUCCUGGUACUGCCAAAUCUCAACUCUUGAAGUUCGUUGAGAAGGUCUCGCCAAUCGCAAUCUACACUUCUGGCAAAGGAUCCUCAGCAGCCGGUUUAACAGCAUCUGUGCAGCGCGACCACAAUACACGAGAAUUCUACCUCGAGGGUGGUGCCAUGGUCCUAGCUGAUGGCGGCGUAGUGUGUAUCGACGAAUUUGACAAGAUGCGCGAUGAAGAUCGAGUUGCCAUCCACGAAGCCAUGGAACAACAAACCAUUUCCAUCGCCAAAGCAGGCAUCACCACGAUUCUCAACUCGCGAACCUCGGUGCUAGCAGCCGCUAAUCCUAUCUUUGGUCGCUACGAUGAUAUGAAGACACCUGGUGAGAACAUCGACUUCCAGACUACCAUCUUGUCACGUUUCGACAUGAUCUUCAUCGUGCGCGAUGAGCACGAUCGCGGUCGUGACGAGCGGAUAGCAAAGCACGUCAUGGGCAUUGCGAUGGGCGGUCGAGGUGUUGAAGAGACAGUGCAGGCCGAGAUUCCAAUCGAGAAGAUGAAGCGCUACAUCACAUACUGUCGGCAAAAGUGUGCACCGCGUCUGUCGCCCGAGGCGGCAGAGAAGCUUUCCAGUCACUUUGUUAGCAUCAGGCGGCAAGUGCAUGCUUCGGAGAUCAACGCAAACCAACGCUCGAGUAUCCCCAUCACUGUUCGUCAACUAGAAGCUAUCAUCCGUAUUACCGAGUCGCUAGCCAAGUUGUCGCUGUCGCCCAUCGCAGACGAGUCACAUGUAGAUGAGGCAAUUCGUCUUUUCCUCGCUUCCACAAUGGAUGCCGUAAAUCAAGGUGAAGGCCAGAGCUCGAAGGAGCUCAUGGAUGAAGUCAACAAAGUCGAAGAAGAACUCCGACGACGUAUGCCUAUUGGAUGGCAAGUCAAUCUGUCUACGCUCAAGCGUGAGAUGGUGGAUGGGAAGGGUUACUCGGAGCAAGCACUUGCUCGCGCACUGCAUGUCAUGAAUGCACGAUCUUCAUCUGAUAACACUCGUCCACCUCAUUCGUACCUCACGCUGCAGGACGCCAACAUGUCCAACGACGCUGCUGCACCCGAGAACGCCAACACUCCGGUUUCGAAUCACGAUUACAGUGCUGUUUCAUCGCCCGCAGCAUCUCCUGAAGGCAGUGCAUUCGGAGCUGCAGGCUCUGAUGACCGCCGCUCCUCUACCAGUCGACACCUCAUUCCAAAGGCCCAGCCGACCUCAUUGACCACCGCCACGUUGUCUGCCACCAGCAACACAAAUGGCCCCUGCCUGUCGGGCGGGGGCCCUGCGAGCAAGCACCACACCGUCCCGCCCCGCCCCAAGCCCGGCCGCAAGCCUGCGACUGAAGAGCCUGAAUCUAGGCGGAAGGCUCAGAACCGUGCAUCGCAGCGCAACUUCCGCGAACGCAAGCAGAAGAAUGUCCAAUCCCUGAUUGAGACUGUCAACAGAAUAACCCAAGAGAUGAAGGAUAACAGCAGCGCGUACGAACGCUCCUUGCAACAUAUGCAAGAGCAGGUGCACUACCUCGAAAACCGUAACAGAGCGCUAGAGGAAGAGUUGAAGAUGUACAGACAAGCCGGUACCCCAGAUACUCGGGGCCUUUCCAUGAACCCUCAGCAUGCGUCUCACGAGGAAAAACACGACUUUGACAUGAUGCGUGGAAUCCCACCCCACGAUCAGCCACUUGAGAACAUGCAGUCAGGCUGUGAUCGGUGCACCCCCGAACAUUGCGCAUGCCUCGCUGAUCUUACCCAUGACUUGCAGUUCUCGGGCGAGGCUAUGACCGGAAUUCUUCGCGAUGGCCAUGAGGACUUGGAAGACGAAAAGCAUCCUCACGUGGAAUAUGAGGUCGACUUCACCGAGAAGUUCAAAACGAAGCACCACCCUGCUACAUUUGCGCCCCCAGUGGAAGAGGCCAAGAUUACAGACUGUGGCUUUUGCGAGGGACAGAAGGACAUAUGCAUAUGCGACCCUCCCACUCGUGUAGACAGUGCCGACGAGUCAUCCUCACUAGCGCAUAAGGCGAGCGGCUCCUCGGGUAAAGAUGUCAAGCCUAAGAUGGCUACGACUGGACCAGGCUCUUGCGCUGAUUGCCAGUCAAAUCCCCAGCAGCGAGCAUGGUGUCAAAGGGUUGCUCAGCUCCGAAGUGAAGAAACCCCUUCGAGUUCACGUCGCAAUUCAAGCAAGAGCAGCUCGCUCGACAUAAUGGAACCCAAGGUCUCCACUAGCAUUGACAUGAGGGCUGGUUUUUCAUCACCCGUGGGUACUGGAAGAACGGUCGGUUGCAGCGAAGCCUUCAAGCUACUCGAUGGCCGCGUCUCAACGGACCCGAAUGACAUGGACUGGCGUCAAUUGAAGCCCGUUCCACAGACAUUUGCACGACAAGAGGCUCGCAGAGACACAUUCACCAUGGAACCCGGCAUGUACAGUGCGAUGGAGCUAGAUGCAAGCAGCAUUCUCACUACUCUUCAACACGCCCAGCGCCCUCUGAGACCACGCCCGUCUGACGGCCCCCAUGCACCACUGAUCGAGGAAGCUGAGGAACGGCGCAGAGCGUCUUAUUCGCCCAUGACCAAGGUCGAGGACCAUGCCAUGCUUGAUGCUGUUUCGCAUUACAAUAUCGGCCGAUAG